AUUCGCGUGUACGUAAACAAAUCUCAACUUCUGUCAGUCGGCAAAUUUCAUUCCUACUUUUCCAUUUAUUUAAAACACUAUAUUCUAAUGUUUUACCUAAGUUGGUACUGUCUAAAGUCUCAGAUCAGCAAGAAUUGAUAUAAUUGCAGAUGGUGGCGGUAAAGAAUUUCAUUAUUGAUGAGAUAACGGUACGGUGAACCUAACCUAACCAAGCAGGAGAAGCUUUUGCCAAUGAUAAAGAACAAAUCUUUGAAGUUUCCAGCCAUUAAUUCUCAUCAGUUUAAAACUGAACUAAAAAUGAGAUGAUCCAAAACUGACCUCUGAAACCUUUUAACGGAAACAGUAAUUCUUUUUGAUUACUGGUUUUAUACUCUUGCAAAGAUGUUGCCAUUAUCACAUCGGGACACAGGCCCUUCGCUCAGUUAUCAAGCAAAAGAAAAGCUACAAGGGUAUAUUCGACUUAUUUUCUCUGAUAAAAAUUCUCGUAACUUAUUCCUAUUUUUCCUCCUCAACAUUUCAUUUGCUUUUGUUGAACUAUUGUAUGGAAUAUGGUCGAACAGUCUCGGCCUCAUCUCCGACUCCUUCCAUAUGUUUUUUGAUUGCCUAGGUUUAAUCUUAGGUCUUGUAGCCUCCGUUAUAAUGAAAUGGCGUGCCAACGAAAAAUUCUCAUAUGGCUAUGUCCGUAUCGAAGUUCUGACUGGCUUCACACAGAGUUUGUUUUUAAUAUUCAUUGCAUUAUUCAUCAUGUCAGAAGCUGUUGAGCGAAUCAUUGAGCCACCUGAAAUUAAGCAUGAGAGGUUAUUCAUUGUCUCUGUCUUAGGGCUCCUAGUUAAUUUAGUUGGUAUCUACGCUUUUCAACAUGGGCAUGGCCACUCACAUGGCGGUGGUGGCCACGGUCAUUCCCACGGCUACGCUCCUAUGAACAACCAUAACUCUGGUGGCCAUAGUCACAAUCACCAUGAUGCAAACCAUGGUCAUAGUCACUUCUCGCACGGACAUUCGCAUGAUUCAAAUGAUUCACAAAUUAUGAAAGGUGUCUUCCUCCAUGUCCUUGCCGAUACUCUUGGGAGUGUAGGUGUAAUUGUCUCUACUGUUCUGAUGCAGUGGUUUGGGUGGAUGAUCGCUGAUCCAAUCUGCUCUAUUUGCAUCGCUCUUUUAAUUUUCCUUAGUAUUUAUUCUUUAAUUAAAGACUCCUACUGUGUAUUAAUGCAAAGAACACCUAUAGCGUUAGAUCAUGUAUUACCCCAGUGCUAUCAAAAAGUUAUGCAGUUGGCAGGGGUAUACAGUAUACAAGAACCGCAUUUUUGGACGUUGUGUAGUGAUGUAUAUGUAGGUGCUUUGAAAUUAGAGGUUUCUAAAUCUGCUGAUCCUAAAUAUUUAGUUAGUCAUACUCAUAAAAUCUUUGCAUCAGUUGGUAUAAAGCAACUAUAUGUUCAACUUGACUAUACUGCGAUGUAGUAAACCCUUGUAACUCACAGUUGAUAGGUUUUCACAAGUUUUGUUUCAAUGAUAAAGGGACUUUGCACAGAAAACCAAAGAAUUAGACGUUGGUUGAUUUUCAGUAUUGUUUGAUGACACCAUUUAAGAAAUUCACUUUCCAGUCCUGCUUUUCUUAACAUUGACACGUAUAAAGUUUGAUUUUAAAGUCUCAUCGUGCUCAGAGAGUCCUGAAGAACAUCAUAUCAAAUAUUUAAACAAAAUUCAGUCAGCACUAAAUUUCUUAGUACUCUGUGCAGGGUCCUUUUACUGUGAGUUAAUUUCAAUUUGCCUUACAAUCUAGUUUAAGAUAGGUGCCGAAUUUUAAACUAUUUGAAUUCUGCAACCUCAAUUUGAUGAAGGUCAGGUGCUCCAAAAGCUCGGAACAUUAUAAAGAGAGUAAUCUAAUAGAAGUUUGGGUGGAUUUUCUGUUAUUAUUAUUCCAAUUCAAGUAUCCUAAUAGUCUGUCAAAAACUAAGACAUGGGUCAUCUUAAUUAUUUCUCUUUUUUCCUGAGAUAGCCCAUCAUAGUAAUACAAAGAUUUUCCUUCUAAUAUUCUUGGAAUGAAAAGAUAACUUUCAAAAAUGUUCGGAUUCAAACUAGCGAAUCAAUUGAGAAAAGAUUCUUUGAUACUACAGAGCAAUCUUCUUUGAUAGAAUGUACUCUGUGGUCGUAUAUUGCAAUCAAAGAAUGGAAUAAGUUUGUAAGAAUGUUGUAAGUUUAUGAUGGAAACUUAGUUUUUUUCAAAGAUAAAUCUGGUUUUGAGGAUUUAUAUUUUUUUGAGCUGCCUCAUGAAACCAAUCCAAGUUAUCUCGUAAAUUGAAAUAACUGCCAAAUGAUAGGAAUAAAACAAAUCCUAAAAGUGUUCAAUCAUGAAACAUUGCUAGCUGUUUUGUUUCUGUUUCUCGUUUUGUUGUGGCAAUUCUUAUUCAGUGUCUGAAAGGUAUCAUAUAUUGUGCAAAUUUUUGCAAUAUGAGUCAUAAAACUGUACUCUGAGUCCUUCAGGAGUAUCCCAAACGAAUAUGUAAAUUCCAAGUAAAUUUUCAUGAAACCGAUGGUUACAUGUUCUCAAAAAUGUGCAAUAUGUGCAUUUCACAAAAUGUGCGGGAAAAAAUGAAAUACAUGAACCUAACUUGCAGUCUUUUAAAGUUUUUGGAUGGACCCUUCUCUUGUUUUUCGUUGUCGUGAAGGCUGAUGCACAGUGAGCCACGCUUGAUGUUCUUGCACUUUUUUUUCCCCUCAAAUUUUUCAAUAUUUCUUUUAUAUCUAGCUUGAUUGAAAUCAGAUAUUUUUGUUCUAAUUAUCAGCAUGAAGAGCACACUCAAUCUGACUUUGAUAAUGAUUGAAGUGAAUUCUUCUUUUAAUUCUCCAUUUCAUAGCUCUCCCAUUUCUGUAAAAUUUAUCUUUGAGGCAUGGUAAGAUUCUUAAGCUUUAGCAUCAAAAUAUUGAGGAAUAAGAGUGUGAUUUAGAUUUUCUCCCUAGAGAUUUAGUUUGAAGCUGUUCGUGACUCCGAAUCUGUAAUCCAAGUUUUUUUGGAAAAAAAAAUCAUGGAACAAAGGUCUCUUAUCAUUGUGUGAUAAUUGAUUUUAGGUAUCUCCGAAUUGUGUAGUGUACACUCAAUGUUUCUUCGAUGUGAAAAUUCUGAAGGUAAUAACCUUUUUUUUUCUUUAAACAAAAAGAAGGAAGGAAAAAAGGAUAUGGAGGACAGUGAUUGAAUUCCACCAAAUUGAAUUUUAAGGAAUUUAACUUUUCUGUUGAGUUAAGGUUUUUUAGUUUUAAUGGUGAGAGGAUCAUGCACCAAACUAAGAAAAAGCCUAAGACAAAACUAAAGGUUCACAGAGAAUUAUUUACAGGUCAUGUAACUAAGUAAGGUAGGGGCACUCAUUGUGUAGACGGGAUGGAAGAUACAUUGUGUUGAGGAAUCAUCAUACAUUUUAUUCCUAUGUAACCAAGAUCUGUCAACUUGGAUGACAAAAAAUGAAUUUUGUAUUUUCUAUGCUGUUUCCCUCCCUUUUUUGUGUGUGUGUGUGUGCUUCAAGCGCCCUAAUUAUAGUUCCUUUGACCUGAGUUCCUCAACAAACAGCCACCGCAUUGAAUUUUUGAGUUUAAUUUGGUGGAGUCUCCUGUAAUAUUUUCUUGAAUUGUACAUUUACUUUUGAAUAA